CGCCGCGCCGCUCGGCCUCCUCCUCCUCCUCCCCCGCUAGGCUGCGCUCUGAUUGACAAUAAUGGCGACGCGUCUGCUCUGAGUUGUUGCAACCAGCCAGCUUUAAAAAAAAAAAACCGACAACUGAGCUUCGGGAGACGAGAUUGCCCGCAUCGGGAGCGUGGUGCAAGCGUGCAGGGUGCUCUGUGGACAACCGGGAGCGAGUGAGUGAAGAGGGCAGGGAUUGUGUGGGAAGCGCCGUAGACACAAAGAUCCCCCACCGGGCUGGGAGCUGGAGUAGAAACACAACGCGUACAAAGAGCGCAGGAUUUUCCCUGGAAGAAGAAAAAAAAAGGAGACAAAAAGGGGAUUUCCGAUGAAUGGUGGAAGGUGGAGACGGCUGAAAAGAGACGCAACUUUAGAAAUAUUCCAGUAGCUUCACCAUCCUUCUCAAAAACGACGUUCACUUUUUUUUCCCCCUCUCUCCCUGCGUGUGUGCGCGCUUUCCGGAGCUCGAAAAGCCGUCUCCGUUUCGAGAAGCCCGUUAUUAUUAUUAUUAUUAUUAUUAUUAUUUUUUAAUGCAGAAGAAGGUGUCGUGGUAAGAAAGCGAGGGGGCGAGAGAGAAGCGCCGCAAAAGUUGGACCCAUCUGUUGAUCGCCUUUCGUUUGGUUGUGUGUGUGUUUUUUGUCUGCCGACUCGUUUUUAACUUUUGGAUCAGCCUGUCCUGCAAGAGGAGACCCCCCGUCCGCAGGAAGAGGAUAAGUUUCUAAACUUUCGACGGAAAGGGCUCUCUCUCUCUCUCUCUCCGUGUGUCCGUCUCCUGCCCGGGAGGGGGCAGGGGGUUUAACAACAACAGCAGCGAUUUGCAAGCAAUUAUUGCAACGGGGGCGGCUGCUUUCCCCCCUCCCCGGCUGAUCCCUGCUCUGCUUCUAAGUUGCACUUUUUUUUUUUUAAAAAAAAAGAAAACAACAGCGCUGGUCUAGACGAAACCCGACCGGCCGGGCCCUUUGUUGUCUCGGCGCCGUGCUGCCGGACCGCCGAGCCCACUCCGUGUGUCAGCGCCGGCCCGGCCGCUUCCUCCCGUCAGGACCCCAGCUCUAGGAGGAGCGCUGACCCCCCCCCCCCGGGCGCACUGCCGUCGGGCCGAUCCCGGUGACCGGCACGACCCCCCUGCCCGGGCGACUCCCGCCGAGGUCGAUGCGGGGAGCGGGGCAGCCGCACUGAAUAGCCGCCGCCGUCCGUGUGGUUUGCCAGAGGCCGCCGCCAAAUGACCACCGGCAGGAACAACAGGGUGAUGAUGGAAGGCGUGGGCGCCCGGGUGUUCCGCGGGCCCGACUGGAAGUGGGGCAAACAGGACGGCGGCGAGGGGCACGUCGGCACCGUCCGCAGCUUCGAGAGCCCCGAGGAGGUGGUGGUCGUCUGGGACAACGGCACGGCCGCCAACUACCGCUGCUCCGGGGCCUACGACGUCCGGAUCUUCGACAGCGCCCCCACAGGUACGCGGCGGGCGGCCCGGGGUUCUCCAGUUCCCUCUUCUCAGAUCGACAUCUCGGGUGCCAGUAGGACAGUAGUGCUAAGUGUGGAGCUCUUUCUUUCUGCUGGCAGGGUCCUGCUGGAGUCCCGGCGCAAGUCGAAGAAGAUCACGGCCCGGGGGAUCUUCGCCGGCGGCCGCGUGGUCAGGGGCGUGGACUGGCAGUGGGAGGACCAGGACGGAGGCAACGGCAGGCGGGGAAAGGUGACGGAGAUCCAGGACUGGAGCGCCGCCAGCCCGCACAGCGCCGCCUACGUCCUGUGGGACAACGGAGCCAAGAACCUGUACCGAGUGGGCUUUGAGGGAAUGUCUGACUUGAAGUGUGUGCAGGAUGCCAAGGGGGGUUCCUUUUAUCGAGACCACUGCCCCGUCUUGGGAGAGCAGAACGGCAACCGGAACCCGGGGGGCCUGCAGAUCGGGGACCUGGUCAACAUCGACCUGGACCUGGAGAUCGUCCAGUCCCUGCAGCACGGCCACGGCGGCUGGACCGACGGCAUGUUCGAGACCCUCACCACCACCGGCACCGUGUGCGGCAUCGACGAGGACCACGACAUCGUGGUGCAGUACCCCAGCGGCAACCGGUGGACGUUCAACCCCGCGGUCCUGACCAAGGCCAACGUGGUCCGCAGCGGAGACGCAGCCGCCGGCGCGGAGGGGGGGUCCUCCCAGUUCAUGGUGGGCGACCUGGUGCAGAUCUGCUACGACAUCGACCGCAUCAAGCUGCUGCAGAGGGGGCACGGGGAGUGGGCGGAGGCCAUGCUGCCGACGCUGGGGAAGGUGGGCCGGGUCCAGCAGAUCUACUCGGACAGCGACCUGAAGGUGGAGGUGUGCGGGACGUCCUGGACUUACAACCCCGCGGCCGUCACCAAGGUGGCUCCUGCCGGCUCCGCCGUCACCAACGCCUCCGGAGAGCGCCUGUCCCAGCUCCUGAAGAAGCUCUUCGAGACCCAGGAGUCGGGUGACAUUAACGAAGAGCUGGUCAAGGCAGCGGCCAACGGGGACCUCGCCAAGGUGGAGGACAUCCUGAAGCGGCCCGACGUCGACGUGAAUGGACAGUGUGCUGGGCACACAGCUAUGCAGGCAGCCAGUCAGAAUGGACACGUGGAUGUGCUGAAAUUGCUUCUCAAACAUAAUGUGGACUUGGAAGCAGAGGACAAAGACGGAGACAGGGCUGUGCACCACGCUUCUUUUGGAGACGAAGGAUCGGUCAUCGAGGUUCUGCACAGAGGGGGAGCGGACCUGAAUGCUCGAAACAAGCGCCGACAGACCCCCUUGCACAUUGCGGUCAAUAAAGGGCACCUGCAGGUGGUCAAGACUUUGCUGGACUUCGGCUGCCAUCCCAGUCUUCAGGACUCGGAAGGAGACACCCCUCUCCACGACGCCAUCAGCAAGAAGCGAGACGACAUGCUGUCCGUGCUCUUGGAGGCUGGGGCUGACGUCACCAUCACGAACAACAGCGGCUUCAACGCCCUCCACCACGCCUCUCUGCGCGGGAACCCCAGUGCCAUGCGAGUCCUGCUCUCGAAGCUGCCGAGGCCCUGGAUUGUGGAUGAGAAGAAGGACGAUGGCUACACUGCCCUGCACUUAGCUGCCCUCAACAAUCACGUGGAGGUGGCAGAGCUCCUGGUGCACCAGGGCAGUGCCAAUCUGGACAUUCAGAAUGUGAACCAGCAGACGGCUCUGCACUUGGCAGUGGAACGCCAGCAUACCCAGAUCGUCAGGCUGCUGGUCCGUGCCGAAGCCAAGCUGGACGUGCAGGACAAGGACGGGGACACGCCCCUCCAUGAGGCCCUGCGGCACCACACCUUGUCCCAGCUGCGGCAGCUGCAGGACAUGCAGGACGUGGGCAAGGUGGACAGCCCCUGGGAGCCCUCCAAGAACACGCUGAUCAUGGGACUGGGAACUCAGGGCGCCGAGAAGAAGAGUGCCGCCUCCAUCGCCUGCUUCCUGGCCGCCAACGGCGCGGACCUCACCGUCCGGAACAAGAAGGGCCAGUCUCCCCUCGACCUCUGCCCCGACCCCAGCCUCUGCAAGGCCCUGGCCAAGUGCCACAAGGAGAAGACCAGCGGGCAGGUGGGCUCCCGCAGUCCCUCCCUCAUCAGCAACAGCUCGGAGACCCUGGAGGAGUGCAUGGUCUGCUCCGACAUGAAGAGGGACACCCUGUUCGGGCCCUGCGGGCACAUCGCCACCUGCUCGCUCUGCUCCCCGCGGGUCAAGAAGUGUCUCAUCUGCAAGGAUCAGGUCCAGUCCAGAACCAAGAUCGAAGAAUGUGUGGUAUGCUCGGACAAGAAGGCAGCUGUACUCUUCCAGCCUUGUGGCCACAUGUGUGCCUGUGAGAACUGCGCCAGCCUGAUGAAGAAGUGCGUGCAGUGCCGGGCCGUGGUGGAGCGCCGAACGCCUUUCAUUAUGUGCUGUGGCGGGAAAGGUAUGGAGGAUUCUGCUGAAGAUCUUACCAGUGGAAACAUCCCCGCUCUGCAGAGGGACAAGGACAACACAAAUGUCAACGCAGACGUGCAGAAGCUUCAGCAGCAGCUGCAGGACAUCAAGGAGCAGACAAUGUGCCCGGUGUGCUUGGACCGCCUGAAGAACAUGAUCUUCAUGUGUGGCCACGGCACGUGCCAGCUGUGCGGAGACCGGAUGAGCGAGUGCCCCAUCUGCCGCAAGGCCAUCGAGCGGCGCAUCCUCCUGUACUAGACCCCCGGCCGGCCGCCCGCCUGCCCGCCCGCCCGCCUGCCUGCUCGCCCGCUCUCUUUCUUGUGCGUGUGUGUGUUUUCGUUCAGUUUCAUUCAAAGACCAAUCCAGUGUUCAGUCUGUCGACAAGGUCGGAGCGUGAAAAGAGUCCCGGAACAAGAGCGGAGAGCCUUCUUCAAUCCCAGCAGCCCCUGUGCGCCGUGUAUCCCCUCCCGACGGCUUGCUUGCUCUUUUCAGUUGCUCCGGAGGUUUUAACCAAGUGCACGUGGGGCUUCCCUUGUCAAGUGACCUUUCUCCUCGUGGCUGUAGCGUCGUCCCGGGGUUUUUACAGGGGGUUGAGGGGGUUGAGCGAGACGCUUGGCUCUGACCCCUUGUGAAAGUGUGAGUGCUCUGUACAAGACUAAGCUGGACAUCCCGUGGUGCCCAGGAGAGGGGGCUGUUGAGCAAGUGAAGGUGGAGUUCGUGACUGUUCUCUUCUCGAUUGGUGGGGGAAUUGGUUAAUUGCGGUGGUUUGAUUUCAUGGACGGAUGUACAGAAUGUUUUGUAAAAUGCGUCUGCUUUAUCAUCUUUUUGCAAUGUACACAUUUAGCUGUAGGCAAUUGCUUUCCCUGUGGCAGGAUUCACUCGCCCAGUGUCUGUCACUGUAGAUAUUCUGUCAGGAUGGUAACUUUACAGAACAACUAACUUAAGGGCAUGUUGCACAGACUUUAACCAUGCUUACAGUCUUACCAGCCACCCCUACCUAGUUUUCCUGUUUUCUUUUCUAGAGCAAAUUUAGUCUGAUGCCCUGGAACCUCCUGCUAUUUGCUCCCACACAUUGUGGAAAAGCACUCUUGACACUGAGAGAACUGAGCUCAGACCCAUGCUGCUGCUUUGAGCCUGCAGCACCUCUCAGUACCUGCAUUUCCCCUCCAGAAUUCCCAGCUGGUUCUCAAAGCAAUGCUGCAUACCAUGUCUGAGCAGACAGUAAGAACACGGUCAGCUCAGUCCUUCAGCUCAUAGCAUGUUUGGAGAAACUUCACUUCUAACCCGAUCCAUCUGAACUUGACCACCUGAAGGGCUUUUUGCUUUGUGAACCGUGUAAAGGGUGAAUUUGUAGGAUAGCAGCAGGAAAAAUAAUAAAAGGCCAAAAUGUUGUAAAAAUCUGUGCCCCUUUCAUGUAUGCAAGUUACAUUGAAGGUUCAAUGUUUCAUUUUUUAAAGGGGAUGGUGCCGGUUCUGGCUGUGUUUAACUGCCAUGUUUCUUUAAUACUCAAAAUAACAUUAAUAAAUAUGUUAUCUGACUUUCUGUCAAGAAAGCUUUGUAUUUCUUAUGUUUCCUCCACUGGAUGUUGCAUGAGUGUCUCACUUUCCGAACUGGUGUUUCCGGAGAUAUGCGUCUGAGAACGAGCACCAAGAGGUUUUCCAAAGGCCCUGGCUUUGCUUAACGAAGACAGUUUCAUGUAUCUCAAGUAAUGUGCUGGGUUUGCAACCCCAGUGUAGCAUCGCUGAGCCUGAACAUGCAACAUCAUGGUUGGGAUAACAAUGUCACAGUGCCACUGGCAGUCAGGAAGCUGGCAUGAUGGCAGAAGGUGCUGACUCUUGUGUGCAGUCCGAUAUUAAAGUACAAAUGUGGAACAUGCACUUGAAAGGAUGAUCUUUCCUUUGAUAUAAAAGUGUAAGGCAGUUUAUACAGAGCAAGGGAUUGGAGUGUUCUCUUUACAAGCAUGCAUGGAAUUAAUUGAUCUUUAAGGGCUUCGGUCAUGUAAAAGUACUUUAAGUACGUUAAACAGAGAUAAGGUACAGAUGUGACGGCCUCUUCUGAAAGCAGCAUAUUUUCUGAACAUGUUAUACAUUGUUGACCUAAGUACUCGGUGUGCUUUUCAUGUUUUUAUAGCAGGCCGAUCUAGAGCACAGUUUGUUUUUAAGCAUUUUUGUGCUGCCAAAAAUGUAGGCAAUUAACUGUAAAAAAAAAGUCUUAAAUUUACAAUUUUUGUACAAUGUGACUUUUACAUUGGUACAAAUGUAAAAUAUUUGCUAUGAAGUAGAGCACCGCUUCUUGCAAGCAGCUGUGAUAACUUGCUGUUCUUUGCAGUCCUAGGCUGUAAUGUGAGAAGCUACAUGUGUGCUUCGCUUUAAAACACUGGAGGAUCGUUCUGCUCGGUUUCCUCCAUGUGUCCAUCUACACGUGUGGAUGCUUAUCCUAACUGGCUGCUGAUCUCUGAAUGAAAAAACAUUUCAUUCUAAGGGGGCUGUCAAGUACAGCGGGUCGUCUGAAAAUGCUAGGACUUACCCCUGGAAAGCUUUUCCUUUCGCAUUGCUGCUCUCAUUAAGACUGUAGGUAUUGCUGCUUUCUGGAAGUAAGGGCUUAGUUAAAUGUAGCUGUUUUGACUGUGGGCGCUAAGCUCUCAGAUUCUUUAACAAAAAGUGUGGUUCAUGCAAUAGUUCAGAAAAAAGUAUGCAUUUAAAACACUAAAAAUCCAGGCAUUUUAAAGUUUUUAAAGACUUGUUUUGGGGCUUGUCUACAGGUGUGAUGUAUUUAAGCCUGGUGUGAUCUCGCUACGUAAGAAAGGACUUGAGUAGAUCCAUCGUAUUGCAUUGAAUACGAGAAUGUGUCACGGAGAGGUAACCAAUCGAAAGUGUCUUUCGGAUCAGGAUACUCAGUAGAAACACAUUAGAGAGGAGUUUUACUCUGUCACUUAUGAGCCAGCCGUUUCGCUUGUUUUUAAGAAGUGCAGCAUAGUUCUGCGGUCUUGUUAGAAAAAAAGCAUGGUGUCAGAGGCUUUCAGUGCAAAUAGAUUUAGUUUUUAAAAAUCCGCUUUUGCUUUCACUUGCAGAUAUUUUUUUUUAUUUCAAAGUGUUCUCUUAACGUUUAAGCUAGAUGCACUAAUGUACUUUACUGGUAGUAAUGUAUUUUUAUUUUGUUGCAACUAUUAGGUUGUUUUGUUUUCCGAAAACGCUUUUUUGCGGUCUUGUAACUGGAAGGUUUUAACAGCUUUUGUUAUUUUUGUUUGGGGGGGAGGGGGGCAGGAACGUUUGUAACGUGAGAGAAUGUGUAACAUGAAAGCUGUCUAUUUCACUUUGUGUUACUGAGUGAUCGAGAAUAAACACCUUGUUGAUACGAAUCGGUCUUAUGAACUUAAAGCUUUGGGAAUAAACAUCAUGUUGCCUCA